AGGGCUUUGUUUGCGUCCAUAUUAUUGCCGGCUUAUUGAAAAAUAGCUUUAGAUUUGAAAUAAAAAUGGAGCGUUUUUCUCUUCUGGUUUGCAUUUUUUGGGUGUAUUGCGCCUGAAACUACAUACGCAGCUCCAGACCCUAAAAGGCAUCCUUGAGACAGCUCAGUAAGAUCUCAGUAAGAUGUCUCUUCCUAUCUCGUCCCACGCCUCUGCAUGGCUCUGAAGUGAGGAUGCGCUGCCUGGUGGCAAGAGUCAACCACAAAACACUUAUAGUCCUCUGUGCGGUCUUUGCUCUCAUCACAAUUGUGCUGUGGAACAAGUGCUCCAGCGAUGUGUCUGUGCAUCCCCCAACCAGGCCCCAACCUGAGCCUGCACCCACUACAGAGGACGAAGAGGACCACGGGCAGCUCCCGGAAGUGCCCCUGGUCACCAGGGAGGUGCAGUAUGAGCAGAUUGACUGUCUCAUUAAUGAGGAUAUGACGAUCAAAGGGCGCCGAGAGGGCAACGAGGUGUACCUUCCUUUCAGCUGGGUGGAGAAAUACUUUAACGUUUAUGGGCGUAUCGUUCAGUAUGAGGGUACAGAGCGAUUUGAGUUCUCGCACAGCUACUCACGCGUGUACGCCCAAAGAGAACCCUAUCAUCCUGACGGGGUCUUCAUGUCAUUCGAAGUCUACAACGUGGAGGUGAGAGACCGCGUGAAGUGCAUCAGUGGAGUGGAAGGUGUGCCCAUUUCCACACAGUGGGGACCACAGGGCUACUUUUACCCAAUCCAGAUAGCUCAGUAUGGACUAAGUCACUACAGUAAGAAUCUUACAGAGAAGCCACCUAGCAUAAAGACUUAUGGGUUCGUAGAAGAGAGAGAGGGCAGUCCCAAUCCCUGGACAGUCCCUAAAGGUUGCUCCAUUGCCAAGGUCCAUGACCCAGGUCACACAGCCACUAUUUACCAGUUCACCACACCAGAUAAUUCAGAGGGUGUAUCUCUGCUUCUGGACAACCCAAAGGAUUUUGUCCUGUCCUUUGAUGUGAAGUUCACUUCAAAUGGUAGUGUGUCAGUGGUGCUGGAGACAACAGAGAAGGGACCACCGUAUACCAUUCACUAUAUCACCAACUCCCUUCUCAUUUCCCUCAAGGACAGGGAAGUCACCUAUGGCGUUGGACCACAGGCAGCCUGGAGUACCCUGAGCCGAGACUUGGUGACUGACCUGCGUAAGGGAGUGGGUUUGUCUAAUACCAAAGUGGUGAAGGCGACUCGGAUCGUUCCUCGACGCGUGGUCCAGCUGGUACUGCGUGGCUCAGGCUUCAUCAGCAACAUCACCAUCUCCUCCACAGCUCACAUGGCUGCCUUCUUUGCUGCUAGUGAUUGGCUCCUACGCAACCAGGACGAGCAAGGUGGGUGGCCCAUCAAAGUGGCCCGUAAGUUAGGGGAAGGUUUUAGGACACUGGAGUCCGGCUGGUACUCUGCCAUGGCCCAGGGACAGGCCAUGUCCACACUGGUGAGGGCUUACCUCGUCACACACGACCUUGUGUACCUCAGUGCAGCCAUACGUGCAACUGCACCUUUCAAACGCAUGUCAGAGCAGCAUGGCGUGAAAGCUCUGUUCAUGAACAAGUAUGACUGGUAUGAAGAGUACCCCACAACACCUAGCUCCUUCGUGCUCAACGGCUUCAUAUACUCACUGAUCGGACUGUACGAUGUGGCUGAAAUAGCAGGGGACAAACUCGGCAGAGAGGCAGGCAUACUGUUUAGCCGAGGAUUAGAGUCCCUGAAAGCCAUGCUGCCACUGUUUGAUACAGGUUCUGGAACUGUCUAUGACCUGAGGCAUUUCACGUUGGGUGUGGCACCAAAUCUGGCACGCUGGGACUACCACACCACUCACAUAAAUCAACUGCAGCUGCUCUCCUCUAUAGACAGCAGUCCAAUUUUUAGAGAGUAUGCAAAACGCUGGAAAAGCUACCUGAAAGGGGGUCGGGCCAAGCACAACUAGAGAUGCGCCGAAAAGAUUUUUAGUGGAAAGAACCUCCUGAUCUAUUUUUAAAGACUGAAUCAGCAUGUACAGUUGCGCUCAUGAAUUUACACAGCCCUUGCAGAAUCUGCAAAAUAUUAAUUGUAAAAAAAACAACUGCAUUUUGUUGUUUAUGUAGUCCUGCCUU